AGCUGGAGAGCCCUCAUUAUCCCCUCUGUGAACAGUUUGGCAUUUUCCACACCUCAGUGAGCUGUACCCAGGGGUUGCCAGUGUACCAGGCCAACCAGGUGUGUUGGGUGGCAGGAUGCCUGGGGUGGAGAGUGGCUCAGGUGGUCUGGCUGAUGACCAGGUGGUCCUGGAGGCCCUGUAGUGUUUCUGCAGCUCCUCAGAACAGACCUACGACCAGUUCCUGUCCUCCUUCACACACGGACUGACUCCAGUGGAUUGUUUCAGGAGCAGGAAGGUUUACUUCAGAUGUAUGGAGCUGGGUGCUGGAGUGACUGUGGGCAGCUGUGGAAAUGGAGACUGUCGUCCACCAGGCAGAACUCUCAAGCUGGAUAACUACCUGGAUUUUGGGGACUUCAGUGAGGAGGAAGGAGAUGUAACUGCUGACCCAGAUGGUGGGGUUCGGGUCCUACCAGGGGAGGUGGAGGAGGACCUCCCUGCCUACCUGCCCUCCUUCUGUCACCUGACCCAGCUGGACCUGACCUCCACAGCCAGGAGGACGGGGACACGGCCGGGGACACGGGGAAUGCAGCAGGACACGCCACCACAUGGACAGAGUGACAGUGAAGAGGUUUUGCCUUUCAACCUGGAUGAGAACUUUGACUACGACAAUGUUGUGCUGUCUAGGAAACAUCUCCUACCACAGUCCAACGCUGGUGUAUGACCUCUGUGCAGGGACCACUGUCUGGGAGAUCCUUAUGUCAUACCACAUAAAAUUACCCAACUUACCAUCUAACUGGAGUAAUACACCACUCCUGAAAACAGCGUCCUUCCUGUCAUUCCUGCUACUAAGUGGAACAUUAGAACAGAGCAACACCAAAUGGCACAGUUUAUCCAAAUUCUCUCCUCAGGGAAUCAGGAAUAAUCACACUGUUUUGGACCUGAGGGCUGUGAGACUGGUCACUGAUGAACGACGACACACAGGAACAUAGAGGCUUGGCCCACCAGGGAUCACACAGCAGAAAUGCUGUGUAUUUGGGUUUAUGUGUGUAAGAGUUCAUUUGUGUGUAUGUGCGUACGCGUGAGUGAGUGUGUGCGUGUGUGUGUGUGUGCUCGUACCCCACUGGGUAAACACCCUGUACUGUAAUUAAUUCCCUGUAAGUACAGCCUGUGUCUCACUGUGCCUUUCCAUUGGAACAAAGAGCUCUGGGAGACGCACUGAGCAGGCUUCAGACCUGAAAGCACACGCCAAAUAUUUCCCCCUAUGUCAGUGGUUCCUUUGUGAUUUGACAUGUAAAGUAUUUGUGUGUGUGUGUGUGUGUAAGAGAGAUAGUUAGUGUGCAUGCAAGAGAGUGAGAAAGUUUGACAGGGGUUGGGAAGAGUCCAUACUGCAGAAAAGCAGAAUACAUCUUCCAGUGCAACUGUUGGUUUACUUUAAAACAUUAAGAAGAAUGUGUGCAGCGCGACGCGUGCAGCCUACUCCGUCUGAACGCAAUGCAUAUUUAAUGGCUGUUCCUGUCACCUCACAUUUAAUUGGUGGGUGGCAGGGUUGGAACAAGCCUAAAGAGGACAAGACCUUUUCACAGUUAUGUGUUAAAAGUUAAAGAGCAGACACAUUUGAAAAGCUAACAUUCAAUGGAACACGGUUCCUUGAGUUGUAUGGGUGAGCUGACAUUUACAUUGCCUUCAGAAAGUAUUCACACCCCUUUAGAGUGGCCAGAAAAAAGCCAUUGCUUAAAGAAGAAAAUAAG